AUGAUGCAACACCUUUGCUUUGCCUCCCUAACGCUUCUUCUCCAGAGCAUGCUCUUGCUCAUCAACUUCGCCAUAUCCACCAGAAUAAUCAGCAUCAGCAGGGGGUACCUGCACAGCGACACUGCCAUUUUCUCGUGUCCCUUUCCCUUUUGCUCACGCUUGGUAUUUACGACAGCAGGCAUAGAAGCUAGCUCAAGAACGGCGAGAACCUUGCAGAAGUCGAUCUCCAGCACCGCGUCAUCCAGAACACGUUCUUGCUCUCAUUUGGCCACUCCUUGUUGGUGGCCUUCACAGCUGGCUUCUACACUUGUGCACUCGUGCCAGGACGAUACGUCGCGCCCCCGCUGACGCGUUGGAUUAACGGGCCCUCCGUCACUGUUCCGUCAUCAGAAUAUACCUUGCUUGAUAGUCUUGUGAUGGUCCCUACGUCUUGUCCUUCGUGAUCGCUUUCGCUUUCCCCAAACUCGUCACCUCUACCUCACCCUUCAACCGCGCUCCUGCAUCCUCAAUAUCAACCUCCUCAUCUCCCUCUUCUCCACCCAGCAGCUCUCUCUGCUUCUUUCGAAGAUUUUUGCUAUCCGCUUUGCGAAUCGGCACGGAAUGCAAGUUCGUGCACCAUGCACAGUUCCACGCGCCGCGCCGCGACCUCUUCGACUGAUAGAUGGGCUCUCUUUAAAGGUCCGAUUCGAGCAAUGUCCUGAUCACGAAGUUGAGCGGAUCAAGGAGGCUGUCUACGGCCAACUCGAGUUCAUUCGAUGAUAAGAAUUCUUUAGUGGAUGAUGUGGAUUAAAUGAUCACAAGUGAGAUUAACUUGAUUUUUACUGCAAGCUCAGAUGUUCUGCCUAGAAGUAAAUCGCGAGUUAAUGGUGGAAUAUGUUGAUAGACUGGAUCAAUCAGUACCUGCUUGACGUCCUUCAUCGUUGCACUCUACUUCCUCGUCGGUCUGCUUGUAAGCGAUUGAGAUUCGACAUUCGCGGAGAAGUGGUGCUAGCAGGGUUUGUUUUGUUCGAGGUGGAAGUGAGAGCCUUUGUGGACUUUUUGACUGAAGACACCAGCGGAGUGAGGGGUCGUCUAGCUCAAGUGUACGCCAAACUCUCCUGCCGCUCCAGCCUCGGUGCGCUCCUCCGUCAAAGUGACAUGUUUUUAUUGUUAUUCAAGGCAUCGUGUGAUCUGCGUGUUUUGACUUCUGCUGGAUCCAGCGGCGAGAGGAAGCCUUUCAGUUCUGCGAGAGCUUCAUGCACCGCCCUUGUCAAGUGAGGCGUGUUUGAAUCGAACUUAUUCUAACUUCCCCGGUCGACAGUCUAGGGAAUAUAGUAACGAUUGGAUUGUAGCAUGGCAAUGAUGUAUCUAAGUAGCAAAUACAUAAUGUUUCAUGAGAGCGGAGUCGUGAAUGUAGUGAAUGUAAU